AUGGGAAUUGUGAACAUAAUAACUAUUAUUAUACUGGUGACCUCGCUGGGUCACCGAACCGCUGCUCUGGAUUUCGAGGAGUGUGCCAGUGCCCCACAAAUGGGAAUUUACGUGGCCAGCUCUAGUAAUUGUUCCAAAUACAUUUAUUGUGCUGGUCCAGGAUCUUUCGAAGCCGAAUGUUUGGACGGGCAUUACUACGAAGAGAAGUUGGAACGCUGUGUGGAUAAGGAAUUGGUGAAGAGGUGCCAGGAUCCGAUGGUUAGCACCACCAAAUUACCUCUGGGGGUUAAGAAACCACCCAUUGCAGCUGAGAAAGCGGAUCCCCUGGCCAUCACCCUGCGACUUUUACCCAACGCAGGACCCUGUUAUCCUUAUAUGGUGUGCUAUGAAGGAGCGGGCCUGGCAAAAGCCUGCACACCCGCUCAUCUGGUGUCCUGCAAUCGGGUGCCAUCCCCAGAGAACUUCACCGACUGCCAGAAGGGAAUUUUUGGAUUUAUGGCACAUCCACGAAAUUGCGCCUACUUCUACUACUGCUCCAAUGGGUCCAAGCUGAUCCAUCGAUGUCCUGCGGGCUAUACUUGGCACUACGAGCGGAGAUCUUGUGUCCAGCAGUCCGAGAAGAAGUGCUACUCCGAUAGACUUCGUCUAACGAAACAGAAGUUCUAA